CCUUCCUGAUGAAAUGUCGCAUUUCAUAUUCCAUGAGAAUUUGGUGCAUGGGUUUUCUGGGGAUCAUGUGGACUAGCCAAUCUAGUAUACAUGACUUCUGAGGUGAAGGAUGGCAAAAUCUGUGCAAAUAUCCCUCCAGCGUCCAGGCAGUAGCCCUGAUAGUACCCACUAACUACCGCUUGGAGGGCUUCACAUUGUGACUAGACCACAAAACAUUAGGAAAUACAGACCUUGCACAUAUAUGUUCAAAACCUGGUUUGGGAGAAAAAUGUAUAUGUAAGUUCACACGUGAGUAAAAGUUUUAAGAAUGUGCAUUAAUUCAUUUAGUAUUGAAAGAUAGGCAAGGUUGAUUUUCCUAAGUCUUAUACUGUGAAUCCAUGUCAAAGUCAGAAAUCCUUGAUUAUAAGCACCUACCAUUUGGGAACACAGACUCUAAGACAUCAUCAUGUUCAUAAAUCUGCUAAGCCACUUCUAGCCACUUGUGUUCAAUGUGAUGGAGGAGAAACUGUGCAGAGUAUCAAGAGACACAAGUUCCGAGACUGUCAACUCUGUCAUGGAUUUGCUGUGUGGCUUUGGCCAGAUCCUCUCCCUCUCUGGAACUCAGUUGGACAAUCAUAUUUUGGAAGCCCCCGUAAGUUCUGAUAUGGAUGAUCAGGAUGAAGUGAAUCACAACUAUUUAGCAGAUGAAGAGGAGGAAGCAGAAGAGGAGGCUCAGGUGAUGGUGGCGCCUGGUCUGGAGGAAGAGGAAGAAGAGGAGGAAGGAAAAGAGGAGGAGGAGGAAGAAAGGGAGGAAGAAGAAGGUCAGGGUCAGUCAACAGGCAGUGCCUGGUGGCGGAAAUUGCAGAUCGUGAAUGAAUACCUGUGGGACCCGGAGAAAAGGAUGUCUCUGGCCCGAACAGGUCAGAGUCGGAGUCUUAUUUUAGUCAUUUACUUCUUCUUCUAUGCCUCCCUGGCUGCUGUAAUCACCCUGUUCAUAUACAUGCUGUUCCUAGCCAUCAGUCCUUACAUGCCGACCUUCACCGAGCAGGUGAAACCUCCUGGAGUUAUGAUCAGACCCUUUGCUCAUAGCCUUAACUUCAAUUUCAACGUUUCUGAACCUGAAACUUGGCAGCGUUACGUGAUUAGCCUAAAUGGCUUUCUCCAGGGCUAUAAUGACAGUCUUCAAGAGGAAAUGAAUAUAGAUUGUCCUCCGGGUCAGUACUUCAUCCAAGAUGGGGAUGAAGAUGAGGACAAGAAGGCCUGCCAAUUUAAGCGCUCCUUCCUGAAGAAUUGCUCUGGGUUGGAGGAUCCCACUUUUGGAUACUCUACUGGACAGCCUUGCAUCCUCCUCAAGAUGAACCGGAUUGUAGGUUUUCGUCCUGAGUUUGGAGAUCCUGUGAAGGUGUCCUGCAAAGUUCAGAAAGGUGAUGAAAAUGACAUUCGAUCCAUCAAUUACUACCCAGAGUCUGCUUCUUUUGACCUCCGCUACUACCCUUACUAUGGCAAAUUGACUCACGUUAACUACACCUCCCCGCUGGUGGCAAUGCAUUUUACAGAUGUGGUGAAGAACCAAGCAGUGCCUGUACAGUGCCAGCUGAAGGGCAAAGGCAUUGUAAAUGAUGUCAUCAAUGAUCGUUUCAUUGGGAGGAUAAUUUUUACCCUGAACAUAGAAACCUAGGAACUCCAGGGAGCCACUCCCACCAGCUCUGAUUCUGAUUCUGUUCAAUAUUGUGUCACCCCUGGUAGCCCCUCAAUUCCUUUUUUUUUUCAGUUAAGACACAGCUGGAUGGACGCCUAAGACAGCAGAUCAUCUUUCCUUGCCUUUGACGUGUGUAUGAAGUGAUAUUGUGGGACCUGCUUGGUUUUUUUUUAAGGUUAUCAUGUCUCCUGAUGACAAAUAUGACUAUAUUAAUUUCUGUUCCUUCACUUCAAAUUCAUACCUAUUUUUGCUGCUAGAAGUCUCACUAUAUACAAAAACAGUAUCUGAUAGCAUUCACCAUGGUCAGGAGAAUGUUCUAUCACGUUUUCUAAAAAUAUGUUGGCUUUAGAGGUAAUAUUAUUCCCCAACAGGUAGAUAAUCUAACCAACCCAUAGACACCUUUAAAACUGUCUGCCAAGGUCUUUUCUUAGAAAGAACAUCAGACCAACCUAGACUACUACUCUCUCUACAGAACUUUAUAUCUGAGGUGGGGGUUUGAAAAUUUGGCUGUCUCCCAUAGGUGACUCAAUACUGAUUUAAAGACUCCAUUAUUUUCAGCCAGGACAGCAGGAUAGCAAGCAAUGCUGACAUGUUAUUGAUCUGGGCUAGAAAUGAAGACCUUCUGUGAGGCUUUUUGUGGGGAGAUUUAGAUCCUAGUAUAAGUGAGAAAAACUGUUAGCAUAGGGUGUGCUUGGUUUUGAGUGCUCUGUAGUUUAAUCAUCCAAAGGCAAACACUCCAGGCAGAAGAGAAAACAUGAAAAAAAAUCUUUGGCCAAAUCUUCUUGGCCCAUAUGCUUGAUAGUUGUGUGGUUUUCUUUGAGAUCAGCAGCAAUGGGUGCCUUGAACCCCACCCUCCACCCCAGCUAGAACCUUGGGGAUUGUAAUUAGUGUUCUCCAGCUAAAACAUGGCAAGACAGAAAGCUUCUGUCAGGUCUCCCUGAAGCCAAUGCUCAUUAGCCAGUUUUGCAUCUACUUUUUAAAAAUCACAUGAGGCAGAUGUUUAUUCAGGUUGUGGAUCAGCCAAGUGACUUUGUUUUUAUCUUUGGCCAUGUGACCAUUCCAAUCGCUUCUUAACACCUCCACCAGGGGGAGGGCUGGGACAAAAAGAGGAGGCAAGCAUUACAGAUUAGCAUCCUGUCGGGGGUCCAAAGCAAACUUAAAUUCCACUUACAAGGCUGCAGAGUCUGAAUUUACUCUACAAUGUUUAGUUUCUCCCAAAGCAGGGAACUGGAAGACUAAUGGGGAAAGACAAGUGAAACUUGGCUAUAAUAUAGGGUGACAAGAGACCUAAAAAUAGUAUAUGGAAAUGCUAUGGGAAACAUGAGGCACAAUGACUCUCUCCAGCUGUGAAAGUAGCAGAGGAAAUUACACAUUCGAAGCCAUAAGCAUAAAGACAUCUUGUGCUUUGGUAAUUCUGAACAGUUCACAUGAGAGCUCAGAGAAGGAUGAGGAGACUGGAUUGCACAAGUAUUUAGAGACGUUGGGAGAAAGGGAGUCUUUAAAGUGUUUUAAUCAGGAAAUCCCUGUAAGCACAUUUGCAUUUGAUCAAGAGCACUGGGGCAGUCAUAACAUCAGGAGUGAAUCCAUGACAGAAAGGACAAAACCAAGACAGGAACUGGGGGAGAGGAGGAAGAGUGGACAAAUGAGCCCAGGAUUUUGAGCUUGGCAAAAAUCAGUGAGAUAGUGAUAUUGAUAAUCCAGAUGAGGUAUAAAAGAGAAAGAGACUGGAAAGGAAGUUGUCGAGAUCACUUUGGGGCAGUUUUAUCUUGUGAUUUCCUCUGGUCAGACACUGAUAUAGACAUAUGAACACAUGUAGAGUAGAAGAGAAGGAAAGCAGAAGACAAAAGCAACAUUUGAUGAAGUGAACUCAUUUAGGAAAUAUUUACUCUUGGGAACUUGAGCCAGUUACGUAAACACACUGAUCUAGCUCUAACGUGGUGCUUUUUUCUGGGUCUUGUUGCAGAAUGGGCUGCUAUUACUCUUGGGACUCUCCCUUCAAAGCCCUUCUAAAUAUUCUCCAUACUAGUGAGGGGCAGACACCAUUUAACAAGCAACAGAAGAUGAGCAGGACGGCAGGGCUACAUAAGACACCAACACAAAAAUCCCGACUCCUCCGGAGUUACUUUCUCACCAAGUUCAAGUUUCCUAGCCUUUGAACAGAAAACUAAUAAAAUGAAAAUGAGAACAGCUUGAGACCAUUUAAAAAUGGCCUUAAUCAAAACCUUAAGAUUUAAUAGCAAAAGAGUAUACAGCAUCUGAUCUGGAAAGGGUCUUUAAGGGAAACAACCUGCAUUGCAUCUGACUCCAGGUCCAGUGCUCUCUCAACUCAGAGCUGCUGCUUACCAGGAAAUACUAUCUUUUGAAAAAAUUCAAUAGACCAUAUCCCAAACAUUCUGAAACAUGUCAAACUUGAGUUAAAAUAGUUAACAUUUCACAGGAAUUCAACUACUGGUGCUAUAUUUUAUACAUAAUACAUGGUCCUGUUGAAUAUGUUUAACUAUUAGAUAAGAAAUUAGGAAUGAUUUUGUCAUAUGUGUUUCUCAUUCGGUGGCAGAUAUAAUGUCCACAGUUACAAAGAAGUAUUCAAAAGUACUAAGACAGUUUGGGCUGUCAGCUGGAACAUGAAAAAUAGCUUUCGUAUUCAAAACUGGAUAUUAUACAGAACUGGAUUAAUGAGUAUGUUUGUUUGUGUGCAAUUCUAACUGUUCAAUAAAUUUCUAGUUGAUUAAUUUAAAUGGGCUCCCAUACUGUGCUGUACCAGGAUUUGAUUUCUAAACCAUCUGUUGCAAUGCACUUGGCUUUACUUGUCAAUGAGAAAUACUACUUCCACAUGGCUUCAUGGUUUUGUUCUUGCAAUACUUUAUGUAUGCGUUUUCACUUUUGACUCCUUUGAAAUCAUUAUUUUAAAGAAAUCUUCCUUAGGCAUCCAUUUACUUGGGGUCUUCAAUGUAGAAAAUAUUUAUACUGUCUUGGGGAGUUGGUGCCAACAAUAAAUGAAAUAAAAAGCAGUGUAU